CCUAGGUGUACCAAAUAAUGAUGUCGGUAGUGCAGAUCAAACAGUUGGUUCUCGCUGUGGUUUGUGCGUUAUGAUUUGACGAAUGACGACCCCUAACAAGAUUUCCUCAUGUACUAAGUCAUCAAUGUAUCGACACGCACGGACGGGGAUGGACGUCAUUCCUCAAACUCUGGACAUCCUUGCCGCAAACCUGGCCGAGGAAAGGAACAGGCGCUUCGCCCAAGCCAUCGGAGGCGGAGAUUUUUUCCUCGGGACCGUACGGCAUGAGGAACACGGGACAUCCGUAAUAUUUGGUUCCCCAAAGUUGAUCCGAGAAACAAGAAACGUCUCGGAAAUACACUUAGACGGGACUUUUAAAGUCCGCCCCAAUGUUCCGCCAUCACGACAGCUUCUCACUGUCAUGGCUAUGAUGUUCAAUCGGGCAUAUCCCGUGUUUUUUGUGCUGAUGGAGCAAAAAACCAAAGGUGCGUACGACCAAGUGUUACAGAAGCUCGUUGAAUUGGCGCCGGAACUACACCCUCAAGUGAUCGUUUCUGACUUUGAAACUGCAUUGCAGACGGCCUUGAGGGAAAGGUUCGCCGACGCCCAUAUCCUCGGCUGUUUUUUCCACUCGUCAACAGCAAUGUGGAGGAAGGCUCGAUCUUUAGGCUUGGCAAGAGCCCUGAACAUCAAUCCUGCCGUUAAACGUGCUGUGAAAAUGACAAUGGCAUUGGCAUUGUUACCGGAAACCCAGAUUGAAGAAGGUUUCCGGUACAUUGUCACGUAUGUACAGGCCAACGGAUUGGAACCGAUCCUCAACCAGUACAUGGCGUACGUGCGACGAACUUGGAUUCAAGGUGUUGGUGGACAACACCUCUCUGUUUUUGGUCAACCACGGAGGACCAAUAACGACCAGGAAAGCUUCCACAACCAAUUGCUGCAAAGGUUCAGCCAUGUUCACCAGAACGUGUGGAGAUUUCUUGAAGAACUAAGAAACAUUGAACACGCAUAUGUCCAACAAUACGCAACUUAUGAGAAUGGAGUUGCGAAUGACGCUGUGCCAGCUCCAUCUUAUUUGGCCAACAACCGCAGGAUUCAGGAUGCUACAUCGUUGUUACUUGCCAGACGAUAUAAUGCAGGUGAAUUCCUCCGGAGAGUGAGCAAUGUUGUACCCACUCCGAGGAACAACAAUUUGGCUGUUGAGGAUGAAGAAGAGGAGGUAGCUGCACCACCAAAUGAGGGGUUACCGCCACUUCCUGUCGCACUGCCACCAGGGAUGCGGCAGAUCGAGAACAUGCAUGAGAUGCCAAUCGACAAUGAAGACGAAGACGACUUGCACAUCAUUGUUCAGGCUCCGGUCAGGAGAGGAGGCCGCGGGCGUGGACGCGGAGGAGGCCGCGGGCGUGGACGCGAAGGAGGCCGUGGGAGAGUACAAGAAGAACUAGAUAACCCAGACGAUCCUGGUAUUCCACCAGAGGAACCUAUACCUCAAAUGCGUGGUCGAGGGAGAGGUGAAGGACGAGGUCAUGCCAGGGGAGUGAGGAUAGGCAGAGGAAGAGUUGUGGGAAGACCUCACAGGGGAGUCGGAGGCUCGUGAUAAACAGCGGCAGAAUUGUGAAAUAUACCUACAAACCACCAUGCAACAGUCCAUGGACUCAUUGAA